AUGAGCGUCGUCGCCGAGCCGCGAGGCUUCAUUGACUUCUACAACAAACCGGGCUCCUCCAAUGGAGCCAAGAUUGCCAUUAUCCUCAACGAGCUUGAACUCACCUACCGCCACCACGAAAUCCGCAGCAAUCCAACCUCCCUGGACAAGGACACCUACCACGCCAUCAGCCCCAAGGGCCACUUCCCCGUAGUCACAGACAUCCACCCGAACGGCUUCAAAGUCUCUCUCGACCAGACCGGCGCGAUUGCGCAGUAUCUGGUCAAUGAAUAUGACCAGGAAGACCACACCAUUUCGUUCCCGAGACGGUCAGCUGAAGACAUCGAAGCGAUGAAUUGGUUCUUUUUUGGUGCGACCAGGGUGGCGAGCUCGCAUGACGAGGCGGUUCAUUAUAAGAAAGAUGCGCCUGAGAACACAUAUAGCGUUGAUCGGUUCCGGAGUAGGACGACGGGGCUGUUUUUUGCGCUGGAGCAGAGGUUGAAGGAGACGGGGGAUUAUCUCGUGGGACAUAAAUUCUCAAUCGCAGAUAUCGCUCAGGUCCCGUUUGUGGUCGCUGCGGAAGAGGCAGGAAUCAGUAUCGAGAUAUUCCCAGCCCUUACGGCGUGGUAUAACAGAAUUAUGUCACGGCCGGGGGUGAGAAAGGGUCUUCUUGUUGCCGGAAUUGAGUUUUCGGCAUAA